AUGUCAUCCGUUUCCUCGUACGUGGUGCAUUUUUUUCCGCUCGCUUCCCUGACCUUGCUGUUGCGCUGGGCCCUAUCACCAGUGCUUCAAAAGCUUGCAAAGACUUACCCAAAGUGCUGGCCGAAGCGUUUGAGAUGUCAAGUCAGCGAGUGGAAGUUCUUCAAGACCAUGAAUUGUAUGGGCACCUUCAUCCAAGUAGGAUUUGCGACACUCAGUGCUUUAUCGUUGCAGCCAUUGAUGUGCUAUCAGCACCCGAAUGGACUCUACAGCGUCUUGAAGUACCCCAGUACAUUCUGUGGUCACAGUGAGCAGGUCAUCAUGAUUGCUAUCGGGAUGGUCUUGAUGACCAUUUUCGUUCUGGGCUUCUUUGCCGCCUGUAGUUUAGCUGCAUGGAAGAUGCCCACCUGGAGCCUUGAGAAGAAUCACCGCUGGGUACAAUCAUUCACAUUCUUGACCGGGAAGUUCCGUCUUGAUGCCUGGUACUUUGGUACGCCGCUGCUUCUCCGCGGCUUGGGCUUGGGUGUCACAGUGGCCUUAGGCACUGAUCGACCCGAAGUGCAGAUUUCGCUUGCAAGCGUGGUGAUCUUGCUCUACCUAUGCACUUUGGUGCGGGUGUGGCCCUGGAAGGCUCGUGUGCUUAACGUUGCAGACACGGCCCUGAGUGCUGGGAUGCUACUUUUGGUCCGUCAAAACAGCCACGCAGCCUCAUCAGAUGAAUCUUUCAGAGAGGUGUUUUCCGCCUUGAUCAUCGUGCUCUUGUUUGGGUCCACAGCCUUCAUGUUGAUGCUUUGCGUUUGGGCGCUUGCGAGAUCCCGAUGUGGUGGAGAUGCAGGAACAAGUUUGCUCAAUCUGGGCUUCAGAAGCAGCGCUGAGAUGGUCUCACGGGCACUGAAAGACUGCGCGGAGGGGCUUUUGGAGAUGGAGGCUGAACAACUGAAAGAGAAGCUGGGCAAGAUGAACACCUACGACUUGGCAGCUCUUCAGGCCACGAUCACUUUGACAUCCAUCGAGCUUCUCUCAUCCAGCGAUUGGCAUUUCAACGCACGUGUCUCCUUGCAAGCAAUCAGUCAUGGCGGCUUUGUCAGGAGCAGAAGCUUUGAGCCACAAGCACCAGCUCCUCCUACACCAUCCGAUCAUGCAAAUGAUGCCCCUGGAGAUGUGUCAGAGGAGGACUCCGAAGACAUGGCCAAUCGGAAGAUUGGUUUGGUGGAUGACCAGCCAACGCAGUCGGAAAUGAUGUAG